AUACAAAGUAUGUUUUUCAAAUUUAAUUUGUGAAAUAUAAUGUUAAUAAACUGGAAAAAAAAAUCAGGGUUGGAGAUAUUAGCGUUCCCAUGCAAUCAGUUCUUGGGACAAGAACCGGGAAACAAUGAAGAGAUUCAGCAAACUGUCUGCACAAGGUUCAAAGCUGAGUUCCCUAUCUUUGACAAGGUGGAUGUGAACGGGAAGAACACGGCGCCGUUAUACAAGUACUUGAAAGCAGAGAAAGGAGGUUUGCUUAUUGAUGCAAUCAAAUGGAACUUCACAAAGUUCUUGGUUUCUCCUGACGGCAAAGUCUCCCAGAGAUACUCUCCCAGAACCUCUCCUCUUCAAUUCGAGAAAGACAUUCAAACUCUGUUGGGACAGGCUUCUUCUUGAAUCAUCAUCAAAAGUUUUAAGAACCGUGUUAUCUGAAUAUUUGUUUUUUUUUCCUUAAGAAUCCCACCAUGUUUGCAAACAAACUAUUAUUCUCUGAAUCUGCGUUUUGAAUAAACAUGUUGUCUUCUCGUUGGUGA